AACACAGAAUCAGCGAUCAGUGAAGAUCAAACAGAAAGAUUUUUCAGUUUGUUUCUGAACAGCAGAUCUUUGUGAUUCACUUUUGAAAGCAUCGUUCAGAAAGUAAAAGUAGAGUAUAUAUUGCUGGGGAUCAAACAGUGAGAAUGGAUUUACUAACUGUAGAAGAUCUUUCUUGUCCCGUGUGCUGUGAAAUCUUCAAGUCUCCCGUUGUGUUAUCAUGUAGUCACAGUGUCUGUAAAGAGUGUCUCAAGCAGUUCUGGAAAACAAAGGAAACUCAGGAGUGCCCCGACUGUGGGAGAAGAUCAUCGAAACCUGACCCUCCUGCUAAUCUCGCAUUACAGAACUUGUGUGAGAUGUUCCUGAAGGAGAGAAAAGAGAGGCGUUCAUCAGGAUCUGAGGAGAUCUGCAGUUUACACAGUGAGAAGCACAAACUCUUCUGUCUGGAGGACAAACAGCCUGCGUGUGCGGAGUGCUUUACUUCACAAAAACACGUCGAUCACACAGUAAGACCCAUCAGUGAAGCUGUUCCAUCAUUUAAAGAGGAGCUGAAUACAGCACUGAAAGCUUUACAGAAGAAACUUAAACACAGUGAAAACAUUAAAGGAGAGUUGGAGAAAACACUUCAACACAUUGGGUCUCAAACUGAGCACACAGAGCAUCAGAUUAAACAGCAGUUUGAGAAGCUUCAUCAGUUUCUCAGAGUUGAAGAAGCAGCUACAAUCACUGCACUGAGGGAGGAAGAGGAGCAGAAGAAGCAGAUGAUGAAGGAGAAGCUGGAGGAGAUGAGCAGACACAUCUCAGCACUUUCAAACACAAUCAAAGACACGGAGGAGAUGAUGAAAGCCAAUGAUGCCUGCUUUCUAAAGGAGUUUCCAGUCACGAUGGAAAGAGUCCAGAUCUCAUCACAGCUGGAUCCACAGAUGACUUCUGGAGCUUUGAUUCAUGUGCCGCGUUAUUUGGGCAACCUGCUGUUCAGAGUCUGGAAGAAGAUGCAGGACAUCGUCCAGAACACUCCUGUGAUUCUGGAUCCAAACACUGCAAAUCCAUCUCUCACUCUAUCUGAUGAUCUGACCAGUGUGAGACGGUGCAACUGUCAACCUCUUCCUGAUAAUCCAGAGAGAUUUGACCGUUAUCGCUGUGUUCUGGGUUCAGAGGGCCUUGAUCUUUUGACAUACAACAGGUCAAUGUAUAGGGUGACCAGAUUUCUCAUGGUGGAAUAUGGGACGGACAACAACGCUGUUCAGACGGUUCUGGGACAUUGUGGAGCGAAGCCAUGUCUUCAGGUGCCGGAGAGCACUGAAGCUUCUCUCUGCCUCAGCUGA